ACACCCGGAAGUAAGAUAUGCAAAAAUGACAGCUAGUAAAACAACAAAUAUUUGUUUUUAAACAUCCAAACACAGAACAUAUACGGUUGCUACAGAAUCAUUAGGGCAGCAUGGAGUCAGUAACGGACAAGUUUUCAGCCAUGGCUUCCAACAUACGGAAUAUGAAGUCAAAAAAAGCUGAGAAGACUUGUGAUCCUAUUGCCUCUAAUAAGUGGUGGGAACUGAGGAUGUCCCAAUCCCAGCAGCAGGGCUCCUCCAGCCUCACCAAGUGCGGGUGGCUGCGCAAGCAGGGCGGGAUGGUGAAGACGUGGCACCGGCGCUGGUUCGUGCUCAACGGCGACUACCUGUUCUACUUCCAGAAGGAGGACGACGUGCGCCCCUUGGGAAUGAUCAGUCUCCCUGGCAACAAGAUCAUUCAGCAUCCGGCUAACCCGGAAGACCCGGAUAAGUUUCUGCUCGAGUUGAUUCCAGAGGAAUUUGCCAUCAGUCGAUGUAGAUCUCUCAGCUACAAAAGUAAGACGACCCCGGCCUUGAAGAUGGCCCCUAACCAUGAAACAUUCCUUUUGUCCGCCGCAACAGAUGAGGAGAGACAGGACUGGAUCAGAGCCAUACGUAGGACAAUGUAUGCAGGGAAAGGAGGAGCUAUAUUCGGCACCAGUCUUGGUGAGACGAUGCAGUUUGAGCGGUCAAGGAGUGCCCGUAAGGUCCCGUACAUUGUCGAGUCGUGCAGCGAGUUCCUCAAGCUGAACGGCCUUGAGACAGAGGGACUUUUCAGGUUACCGGGGCGCAUGUUGCUCGUACGCGACCUGAAAGACCGGUUUGACGAGGGCGAGAUGGUCAGCCUGGAUGUGGAAGAGGUCGACGUCCACUCUGUAGCCUCGCUUCUGAAGCAGUUCCUUCGGGAGCUCCCAGAAUGCCUCAUCCCUUUCAACCGGUACCAGGAGUUCAUGAACAUCGCGAUGCGCUUUCAAGGUCAGAAGAGUCAGGACACCCGUCUUGAGGAAGUGGAGGGAUUACGCCUCGCCAUGACCGAACUUCCUCGCGAUAAUUAUAAUUGUUUGAAGUAUCUGUGCAAUUUUCUGCACAUGGUGGCAGAUAAGACGCAAUUUAACAAAAUGGACGCUAGGAACCUCGCGCGAGUGUUUGGACCGAAUAUAAUCCGUCAUCCGCAAAUGGAGGAUAAUCCAGAAGCCUUCAUGCUCACUACUGCCGACAUUUCUGAACAGUUGGCCUACAUGAUGAUAAAUUUCGAUGACAAGAUAUUUUCUUUUGAGUUCGAUAGUGAUAGAAUGUCGGCGAACGUAGCGGUGGAUGAUUUACUCGGAAUGGACUCUUUAGAGGUGCAGAAUCUUCCACCUGUUCAGCUGUCAGCAAUGGGGGAUUUGGCACAGAUACGAUUCGAACAAUCCGCCGAUCGUAGGGCUAGAUCUUUCAGUGGUAACGAGAUGCUCGAGACGUACGACACAAGUCCAGUGGAGACUGAAGUACCCAGCAUUGUUCCCAGAAAAAAUUCUCGUCCUCCGCAGCAACAGGCCAAUGGAACCACGCGCCCAGUGCCCUCACCUCGGUCGAUGUACACGGAACAAGGUCAACCCAUUCCACCAAUCAGAAAGAAGUAUGUUCGGAAAGCUUCCGAAAUUCACCACACCACAAGCAAUGAGUCCAUAUCUUCAGAGUGCAGCGGUUCAUCAAAUUCCUUGGAUGGCACAAUUGAAAAUAUACAUGUACAAUUAAAAUCUAGUUUGUCCCGAACUUCCAUAUCUUCUCAAGACAAUGAACCGAAUACCGCCGUGCUUGAAUUGCAACAAAAACUGGAAAGUCUUACGGCUGAACACAAUACCCUUCAGUCAAAAUACGAGAAUCUGCUUGCUUCAAAAGCGAAAGUGGACUCCAGACUGAAAGAUUUGAGCGAGGAUAUGAGGAAAAUUCAAUACACUUAUGACACGCACAUAAACUCAUUAGAAAGUAGGUAUAAGGUGCAAAUAAAUGACCUGAAUUCAAAAUUAGAAGAAGAAAAGAAGAGUCGAGCAGAAGCAGUACAAAAAGUAAUUGAAUUGCAAAAAGCUCUGGCCAAUCGUUCAGAUGGCACAAGCAAGUUACCCUCAUUGUACGGUAAUUAAAUUUGCUAAUUACCACUGCCUUUGGCAACUUAUCAUUGUAUGUAAUGACAGAUUAUUGCCAUGAUGAAGACAUUGAAUUUUUGAAAUUUACAAUAGACAAUUUAUUGCUUUCCACUGGUUUAUAGAGAAAAAGCAGAGAAUUACAACUGAUAAUUCACUGUUUCAAACAGUGAAAAUUAACAGUGAAAAUUAUCGAUUAUUUUCAUUGUUUUACUGGAACUAUAUUUAGAUGUGUUUGGUAAUAAAUUUUCUAUUAUCAUUCAUGAAUUAAAAUCGAUAUUCCACCAAACGCAACAAAUGUCCUCUAUUUAUCCAUAACCUUUUUUUAAAUUUCAAUAUUUCAAAAUGAAUACCUAGGUACCUAAUGCUGUGUAUUUUAAAACGCAAUAAAGAAAAGUACAAAAUAUUCCUGAUGUAGACAAUUUAUUUAUUUUUGGUAUUAAUGAAUCUUUGAAUGUGGACAACACGUUUGAUUAUAGUAAUUUAGCAGCUAAAUUUAAAUAGGCAUAAACAAACAACUGUUAGCUAUCUUUUAAAUGCCUAAAAAUGUAUGAACCAGUUGGUGCGAUUAUUUUUUGGACAAGACUUUGUAAUAAAAGAAAUGAAAUUCUUUUGUGAUUUGUAUGUCCUUUUUGUCGGGUAAGAUGUAUGUGAAAUUUAAAUUACUUCCCUGCAGAUCUGCUAUAUCGGAAUCUGUUAUUUUGCUGAUUAUGAAUGUCCAAUGAACAGCAAAUCUGUAUGUAUUGACACCAUAAACAACAUACUCAGUCAAUGAAUAUCUAUUCUUGCCAUUAUUUCCUCAUGGUGUAAUUUGCUGAUAUAAGUAUAUAUAUAUUGGAAGUGCAAGAAUUUGAACAAACUAUUCAUAUACUGAACAGACAUUAUUGUUAAACAUUAAGCUCUAUUGUAUGUUUACAAGAUCAGAACUUCUGCCAUUGUUAAUGCAUUUUUAGCUGUAGAAGUGCAAUGUUGAAAGGAUUGCAGUAUUAAACAUUAGAUACAUUAUGCCAAUUUGAUAUUAAUAAGUUUUUAUUUUUAUAUCUGAACAAAACAUAAGUGUUGUUUGGUCAUACAAUAUUUAAAUGUUGAAUACACUUUACAUAUUAAUAAACUGAAGCCAAAUGCAUGGGAGGGGAGGGGAGGGGUCGACAGUAAUGACUUUGACUUCAUUUCUUUGUACCUAAACUGUUUGUGUCCUCACUACAUAUUUUCUGUAUAUCCUUUGAAGGCUCCUCAUAAAACUUGGCAAAUAUUUUAGGUCAUUCAGAUCAUGUGUAGAAUAUAUGAGUCCAGUGUUUUUUUCACCAUUUUGGAAAUGGUGCUGGUCCCUUUUGAUUGGGAAAGAUCGCAUAUCUUUGACUUAAAUUGGGAAAUAAAUAUUGUUGAUUUGAUGCUUACAAAUACUUUAAAAUUGAUGAUAAAAGUCAUUUCAAUACUAUAUUUUCUAAAGUUCCAUAGAGCUGGAGUUAGAGAUUAAUGACACAUAAAGACUUAUUUAAAAAAACAAACAAUUAAAACCUUCAAUUGGUAUUUAACAUACCAUUUCGGAAAAAUAUAUACUUUUUUUUCCAUUGGAAAUGGGUCCCCCACUGGCCCCAAAUUUGAACAACAGAACACACACUGGAGUCUGUCAUUCUGACAGGUCAAACUUGAAGGUCAAAUGUUUGAGCAUCCAUUUAUUGUCAGCCUGAUGUAUCCUAUGCCUGGCACAGGAUUUUCAUGAAACUAAGCUUGCAAGGUUUAGGACAUUGAAGUUAUUUAUACAAUGGAAUUACCUGUUUGAACCUUCAUUUUUAGGUCCAUUUUUGUGUUAACACCAUAUUUCGUAUACUCUUCAUAAAAUUUUAAGGCAAAAAUAUCUUUGCAUGUGAUAAAGCUGUGUUAACAUUUCAACUUAGUGUAAUAAAUGUAAUUUCUUGUUUAUUUAAACUAACAUGUCUCCAUUUUGUUACCUGUUUAUGUUAAUUUAUAAUGAUUAUCCUAAAUGCUGCCUAUGUGUAUUUUAUCAAAUUACCAAACAUUUAUAUGAUUGACCAGUUAGGAUUAGACAGUGAGAUCUUGUUAAUUUAUUUUACAAUAAUAACUGAUGUUUGUAGAAUGUAUUUGUCUCAUGUUCCAUAUCUAAAGGGUAACAAUUAAUAUGUUAAAACAUUUUACAAAUAUACAUAUUAUAUAGAAUAAAAGUGUGAACAAUAUAGACAUAAACUUAUUAACAUACAAAUUUAUAAUUAUAACAUUGGAUUAUCCAAUACUAUUAUUUAAAUAUUACUGUUGCUGUUUUGUACUCCAUAAAGUUAACAUAUUAUGUGUUCAUUUUGUUAUGGUGUUCUGCAUUUCCAUAUACAUGUAUGCUGCAUGUGUAAAUUAUAAUUCAGGCUCUCUGAGGCAAAAUGGGGUUUAUAGCAUGUGCAUAUAGUUUUGUCCGAGAUAAGCCUUUGCAGUCUGCACAGGCUAAACACAGACAACAUAAACUGGAUUGUUGCUAAGAAGAGGCUUCCUGUUUAACCCUUUGCAUGCUGGGUAAUUUGUCUUCUGCUAAAAUGUCGUCUGCAGAAUUUCUAAAAUUAGCAUUUUCUUCGAUUUUUUUCAAAGAAUACUAUCAGAAUAGCAAACAGUUUGGAUCCAGAUGAGACGCCACGUUCUGUGGCGUCUCAUCUGGAUCCAAACUGUUUGCAAAGGCCUUUAAAAUUCAGCUCCAGCGCUUUAAGGGUUAACAAAAAAUACAACAAAAGUUGAAAGUUGUAUCCCUGACAACUGCACAUGCUAAUCUGGGAAAACCCAGUAUGCACAUGCAUUAAAACACCAAUAUCCCAGAGUGCGGCUCAAAUAGUUGCAUCAUUUGCAUUCUGAGAAAACGGGGCUUAAUGCAUGUGCGCAAAGUGUCAUCCCAGAUUAGCCUGUGCAGUCCACACACGCUAAUCAGUUACGACACUUUUUGCUUUUAUGACAUUUUUCAUUUAAAUGAAGUCCCUUCUUAGGAAAAAUCCAAUUAAGGCGGAAAGUAUCGUCUCUGAUUAGCCUGUGCUAACUGCACAGGCUAAUCUGGGAUGACACUUUACGCACAUGCAUUUUGCCCAGUUUUCUCAGAACAAGACUCAUUUGAAUUAUUUGUGUUGUGCUGUUUUGCUUUUCAGCGCUCAAAUAUGGUGCUGACAAUUAUUUUUUUUAAUCAGGCAGCCAUGUUACUGGUAUUUCAACUUAAUUGUUUCGUUCUUUCUUUUUUAAUGCCUCUGAAUGGAGGGAAUGUAGUAGUCGCACAGUCUGUUCAUGGUUAUGUGUGUCUUUUUGUCUGCAUUCUGCUUCUUCUAUAUAACCGUCACAUCUUUCGGAUCAUUUUACAAUAUCAUCACCAGAAAAUGUUGUUAUUCCCUUUGACCAUACAAUGUGUUGCUCAGAACUCCCAUGUUUCUCCAUCAAAGGUCAAGGUAACAAUUCAAGGUCAAAUGAGCAGAUAGGUCACCAGUCAGUAAAUAUUACAUGCCUGUGAGGAUUUUAAUAUAUCUUUGGAUUAGUAUACAACGUAACAAGACAAUGCGUCACAUACAACAUACAUGUUCAUAAACAAAAGGUCAUGGUCAAUAUACAAGGUGAAAGAUAAUAAAUUUAACUUUUCACUCUGUAAAUUUAAGAUGACGUGGAGGAUCUAAAUAUGAUUUUCAAUUGUUAUUCCCCAUGACCAGACAAUGCGUAAUGUGCAAUUCCCAUGAUUCUUAAAUAAUAGGUAAUGGUCACUGUGCUCAAGGAUCAUUAUUAACCAGAUGGCACAUAUGAUCCACAAUCAAAGUUCCAAGGUUUGGUCACCAUUCAAGGUCUUAUGUCAUGAAAUUUUGUUUCUUCUCAGUAACUUUUUUGUAUCUCUAGGAAGAUGUUAAUGUUACUUCAAAUUAUCUCCAUGAGCAGAUAAUGUUUUGGGUCAGUUUUUUUAAUUGCUGCUUAGUGACUGGUCAAGGUCACAAUUAAAGGUUUCAGGUCAUCAACAUUAAUUUAGAUUCUGUAACUAUUAAUGCCUAUCACGAAUUCAAUAUUAGUUUGGAAUAGCUCAGAAGCAAUGUGAAAAUGGCUAUAUUCUACCUGGGAGUAGCUCACAGUCUGUUCAGGUUUUAUGUUGUUUGCUGCUCAUCAGUAUCAUAAAGUUGCAAAUGUCGGCUUUAAAACUUGAAUCUGAUUAGUUAUAUUAAUACCCUUCUCCACACUUUGCCCCCUGCAAAACUGAAAAGCAUAUACUUAUGGGGCAUUUGCCAUAUCCUGUGGUUGUUGUUCUUACUGCUUAAACAGAUAAUGCAGUAAACGAGUAUGACACUGAAAAUUCUUAUUGUGUUAAACAUUUUUCAAGCGCGUGUAGAAAUUUUCUAAAUAUUUUUUACUGGUGCUUUAAUUCUACUUUGCUUUUUAUUUUUGUACAAUAUAGUCACUGUGAUUGUUAAUACAUUGUAAUGUGUGAUAUGUUAGUUGUGGUACCUAGCGAAAGCUGCUCAGGAACAAAAUCAUGUGAUUCUCACUGAAGAAAACGUGAGCUUUGAUCUCGGAAAAUGGGGUUUAAUGCAUGUGAGUCGCGUUCUGAGAAAACUGGGCAUAAUGCAUGUGCGUAAAGUGUUGUCCCAGAUUAGCAUGUGCAGUCUGCACAGGCUAAUCAGGGACGACACUUUCAGCCUAAAUUUGAUUUUUGCUAAGAAGAGACUUCAUUUAAACGAAAAAUGUCAUAAAAGCAGAAAGUGUCGUCCCUGAUUAGCCUGUGCAGAUUGCACAGGCUAAUCUGGGACGACACUUUACGCACAAGCAUUAUGCCCAGUUUUCUCAGAACACGACUCAUGUGUAUAAAGUGUUGUCCCAGAUUCCCAGAUAAGCCUGUGCAGUUUGAAAAGGAAAUGUUUGUUUUACUAUGGAUUUACAAAGACAUCAUCUGGUGUUGAUGUCAAAAACAGUCUUUCAUUGUUAAUGAUUAUGUUGGAAUUCUCCAGAAAAAUAAAACCAAUAUACACUGUUAUGUGUAUUGGGAAAUGGGUAAACAAAUAUAAAGAGUCAAUUUGGUAAGGUGGAGAAGUCAUAUAGGUCAUUAUGCCCCCACUUCAAACAAGUCUGGGUAUAUUGCUUUGCACCUGUCUGUUGGUCAGAGGGUUUAAUAGCCCAUUGGUUCUGCACAAUAGCUGAAGAAUGCUUACAUUUGCAACCAUUCAAUUGUUAUUAUGUUUUCUUUAAAGGAAAGGAAUUGAAGGUCAACAGCUCAUUGAUCCAUUUUUAGCUCACCUGAGCACAACGUGCUCAUGGUGAGCUUUUGUGAUCACCUUUUGUCCGUCUUCCGUCGUGCAGCGUCAACAUUUGCCUUGUUAACACUCUAAAGGCCACAUUUAUUGUCCAAUCUUCAUGAAAUUUGGUCAGAAGAUUGGUCUCAAUGAUAUCUUGGAUGAGUUCGAAAAUGGUUACGUUUGCUUGAAAAACAUGGCUGCCAAGGGGCGGGGGUAUUUUUCCUUAUAUGGCUAUAUAUAGCUAUAGUAAAACCUUGUUAACACUCUAGAGGCCACAUUUAUUGUCUGAUCUUCAUGAAACUAGGUCAGAAGAUUCAUCCCAAUAAUAUCUUGGACAAGUUCGAAAAUGAUGCCGGUUGGUUGAAAAACAUGGCUGCCAGGGGGCGGGGCAUUUUUCCUUAUAUGGCUAUAGUAAAACCUUGUUAACACUCUAGAGGUCACAUUUUUUUUUCGAUCUUCAUGAAACUUGGUCAGAAGAUUUGUCCCGAUGAUAUCUUGGAUGAGAUAAAAAAUGGUAACCUUUGCAUGAAAAACAUGGUUACCAAGGGGCGGGGCCUUUUUCCUUAUAUGGCUUUAUAUGGCUAUAGUAAAAUCUUGUUAACACUCUAGAGGCCACAUUUAUUGUCCAAUCUUCAUGAAACUUGGUCAGAAGAUUCAUCCCAAUUAUAUUUUGGACAAGUUCGAAAAUGAUGCCGGUUGGUUAAAAAACAUAGCCGCCAGGGGGCGGGGCAUUUUUCCUUAUAUGGCUAUAGUAAAACCUUGUUAACGCUCUAGACGCCACAUUUAUUGUCCAAUCUCAAUGAAAUAUGUUCAGAAGAUUUGUCUUAAUGAUAUCUUGGAUGAGUUCAAAAAUGGUUACGUUUGCUUGAAAAACAUGGCCGCUAAGGGGCGGGGCAUUUUUCCUUAAAUGGCUAUAUUAGGCUAUAGUAAAAUCUUGUUAACACUCUAGAGGCCACAUUUAUAGUCCGAUCUUCAUGAAACUUGGUCAGAAGAUUCAUCUCAAUAAUAUCUUGGACGAGUUAAAAAAUGAUGCUGGUUGGUUGAAAAACAUGGCCAUCACGGGGGCGGGGCUAUUUUCCUUAUAUGGCUAUAGUAAAGCCUUGUUAACAACGCGAGAGGUCACAUUUAUUUUCCGAUUGUCAUGAAACUUGGUUCGAAGAUUUGUCCCAAUGAUUUCUUGAAUGAGUUCGAAAAUAGUUUUGGUUGCUUUAAAAACAUGGCCACCAGGGGCGGGGCAUUUUUCCUUAUAUGGCUAUAUAUGGCUAUAGUAAAACCUUGUUAACACUCUAGAGGCCACAUUUAUUGUCUAAUCUUCAUGAAAUUUGUUGAGAAGAUUAGUCUCAAUGAUAUCUUGGAUGAGUACAAAAAUAAUUAUGUUUGCUUGAAAAAAAUGGCUUCCAAGGGGCAGGGCAUUUUUCCUUAUAUGGCUAUAGUAAAAUCUUGUUAACACUAGAGGCCUCAUUUACUGUCUGAUCUUGAUGAAACUUGGUCAGAAGAUUUAUCCCGAUAAUAUCUUGGACGAGUUCAAAAAUGAUGUUGGUAGGUUGAAAAACAUGGCUGCCAGGGGGCUGGGCAUUUUUCCUUAUAUGGCUAUAGUAAAACCUUGUUAACACUCUAGAGGCCACAUUUAUUUUCCAAUCUUCAUGAAACUUGGUCAGAAGAUUUGUCCCAAUAAUAUCUUGUUAUCUCAGGUGAGCGACUUUGGGCCUUUCAGGCCCUCUUGUUUUAUCAACAGCUCAAAGGUCAAGGUCCCAGGGGUUUGUCAAGUAAAUGUCAAUUACGCACUAUACAAAAUGUAUGUUCAGUUGAGAAUGCAUUGAUCUACAAUCACGUAAAUUGGUCUUGUGGAAUAAUGGGAAAAUGGAAGAUGCCUAUUUAUUUUGAGGUCACCAGGUAAGAAAUUAAGGAAAAAGGGCUUUGUACAAGGAAAUUGUUUUUAACGCAAUAUUUUUAAGCUACAAUCAUGCUUAUUGGUUUAGCGGUAAAUUGGGAAGGAGGACAUAUUUUGAUUUGAGUUCACAAUGUUAAAGAAUAUGGUCACCUGCACUUUAAUCAAGAGAAUGAUUCUUAAUUAUAUAUAGACAUUUAACCUGUGAUAAUCUUACUUGAUAGCUGGUUACUUGAUAGUAUAGACAGAAACCUAUUGAUUUUUAGAUAAACAGGCCAAAGUUCAAGGUCAAAUGGGCUUGCAAAAUAAAAGUGUUUGCACACAAUUUCUAGAGAAUGCUAAUGUUAUAUAAAUUAGUAUGUUGGUUACUCUUCACAGUGGAUGACGCGUAAUGAAGUUCAGAUCAAAGGUCAUGGUCACAGGGAUGACCAUGCUGCAAGUCGGGGAACAAACAUGUAUAACAAACAUCUCUUGUUUAUAUUUAAUAUGCAUUUUUGUGACCUAAUGUCAUCACCUGUUUUGCUGUACUUGCCAUUGUUAAACUGAGAUGCAAUAAUUAUUUUUAUGCUUUCAUGAGAUUUUUAAGGAAAUACAAAUGAUUGAAACUUGAUUUUUCACUGUUUAAAACAAAGAAAAAACGGAAAAAUGAAAUUCAUUGAUAUUAACCUGUUUCACUGUUACCACUUGUUUCUGGUUCACAGAUUCAUACAGUUUUAGCUGGUCUCCACUGAUAUAUGCAUUCAUAAUAAAUUAUUCUUCAAAAGUUGUUCCAUUGAUAAUGUACUCAGGACAAAAGUUAUUACAAUGUAUAAACCAAGCAUAAUUCUUGUGGUUUGUUCACAAGCUUGAAAAGUCAGCCGUGCUUAUUUCAAUUUAAUAUGUGUGUGCUCAUUUUCGGGGUAAAAAUAUGGCUGUCAUGGCAACGCUGAUGUUUGUGCAUGUAAUUUAAAUGUUAUGGUAUAUGUUCGUGGAUGGUGCAUUAUAAUUGUUGCCCUGUGUUGUGAACUAUGCAAUUAUUACAUUAUUUCUGAAAAUGAUGACCAUGGCUUGAAAUUUGAGAGUUCAAUAAGUAAUACCAUAUUUUUAUAUUAUAAUAUUAUAUAAUGUAUUCAUUUGUACAGACAAUUGUAAUAGUCAUAUGGCCAUUACUUUAUUUGUAAUAGUGAACAUGUAUUAUUUUUGAAUAUCAUGUUCGUUUUAGUUAAAAUGUUACAUUUAUGCAAGGUUUAUUAAUUGUUAAUCUGUUAAAAUAUUUAGUUUUCUUGCAAGACUUGUUAAAGAUGUAUGACAAAAGGCAUUAAUCUAAAAUAAACAUUCCUAAUUAUAA